UAUGUUGGUAAACAUUGAACGAUGCUGAAAAAAUUAAAUACCUAGAAAACAUCUGGAUUCCAGCUGAAUAACAUCCGGUUAGUCGAAACCAUGAAAACGUACGUGUGUACUCCGAUUGCCUAUCUCAUCUCAUUCGUAGAUUUCUACUAAUUUCACGCGUACUCACGGUUGAAAACGGUCAUCUUGAAGCCUUCGCUAUUUUCGUCUGUCACUGACCAUUUACUUAUUACUCUUUCGCAAUGGAGAGAAAACAACAGGAAGACAGACAACGCAUGUUGAUGAACCUUACCCGCCACCAAUGCACCGAUUACAGACGCCGCCCGGUUCAUAAUGGAGGACGACAGAUGGAAGGAACCGCAGGACGCCGUUCGACCAUGGAAUACGUGUCGAACGUUCAAGACAGACGAUCACGUCCAUUCUUGGUCGAAAGAGGCAAUCGUAGUUACGGUAAGAGUAAUAAUAAUGUUUUUCGUGCUAGGGAUGUUCACAGGGACCAAGGGUCGAACAAAGUACAGUGGAUCGGCAGGCAGCCAGAGUCGGGCAGCGGAGAUACAUCCGUGCCGCCGUUCCGCCGGUCGUCAUCGUCACAGACGCGGCGCGCAGGAUCCGGAAAAACGCUGCUCGUACACGGGCUGGAAGGCAAAAUCAAUUGCGACAUGGUAUUCAAUAUAUUCUGUCUAUACGGCAACGUGACUGCCGUGAAGAUACUUAGAAAAGGACAGGUUCUCGUCGAACUAAACGACGUGGAGGCCGCCAAACGUUGUGUGGCUUACCUGCACUUGUUGCCAAUGGAUCAACACAAAAAGUUGAAAGUCAAAUAUUCCAAUUUUUCUUAUAUACGCGACCAAGGAAAAAUCAUCAGACUGUCGGACGGGACGCCGGCACAGAAAUACUACGAUACCAGUAAACUGAAUAGGUUUUCGUACAUAAAAAAUGUUGUAAACGAGCGUCGAAUCGCAGCACCGUCGAAGAUUUUGCAUUUCUUCAAUACACCGUUGGAUAUUAGCGGCUCGCAGAUUCGUACGGCAGUGAUAAACACCCUCGGUUGCAAGGACGCGGUCCGAUCGAUAACAAUUUUACCUCAAAAGCAGCCCGGUGCUAAAUGUUCGACGGGCCUUUUGGAAAUGAAAAGCGUCGACCUGGCGGCCAAGGCUAUACUGUUGCUGAAUCACAUGCAGCUAGAAUCAUCGAGAUCCGAAUUCCCGUUCCUGAUGAAAUUAUGCUUUUCGAAAUGGUCGAAGAUGCAGCAAAAGUCCGGGGACUCGACCGCCCUGAUUUUCAACACCACGUCGCGCAACACUCCUUGGUUGUUCCACAGAUAUGAACUCGAACUCGUAUCCACGGUGAAGUAUAAAGUGUCACGGGUAACUCGAGCGACCGAUGAAGACGUUACCUGGACGUUAUGGGAUACGAGGGACCUUGUGACGGAGGCCAUUGACCCCGAAGCCGAAAAUCCCGUAGACGCCCAGUAUGGAUCUAGUGGUGUGUCGGGUACGUUGCCAGAACCUGCAGACCGUGCAGCCGGGACUGCCGGUUGACGCGUAAACAUUCGGAAAUCUGUUUUCGUUCAUCCUGUUCGCGAUGCAACGUCGAUAAACUAUUUGAACGAAUAAUAAAAUAUAACUAUAUAAUGUGUUACUCCUAUUUACGCGGUGUACUUUCAUUCCAUCCGUAUUCAAGUAAAUAAUAGAAAAAUAAUUUGAUAACAUAAUUUUGUUUACAAUAUUCAUUUUUGAGCAUAGUCGAGAAAACGUAGGUGGUGGGAGUAUACGCCAUAUCCUACGUGAGUCCGGCGAGUGCUUCCAAAUCGUUCAAAACGUUCGCAUCGAACGUUUUUCGUACUCAGCACUCGUGGCAAAUGUGAAUCCGACAUCGUAGUGAACGACGAUACAUACUUUACUGAAAUA